AUGCUAGGUCUUCCGCCGCCACCCAUCCUACUUUCCUAUAUAAGGGAGGCUGGAUUUGGGCAUGCAGUGGAGUUGAAGGACUUUUUGUUUGACAGGUGCUUGAUCUAUGCAAUUGUCGAGCAGUGGAGGCCGGAAACGUAUACAUUCCACCUUUUGUGGGGUGAGGCCAGCAUUACGCUUGAGGAUGUUGCCUACCACACUGGACUACGCACUGCCGGAGAGCCUGUUGGGGGUUGUACUAGAGACUUCCAGCGGUGGCAUGGGCACCCGACAUGGGAGUGGGCUGAGGACUUAUUAGGGGCCAGGCCGCCACCACCACAGCAGGAAGGGAGGCAGGUGUUUGCAGUCAGGAUGACAUGGCUCAGGAACCAAGUGGCACAUAUCCCUGAUGGGGCAUCCCCGGAGACUCUCAGGCAGUAUGCCCGAUGCUACCUCAUGAUGCUUAUUGGGGGGGUUUUUAUUCACGGACAAGUUGGCAACACUUGUGCCGUUGAGAUGGCUUCCACUACUAGAGGAUUUCGAUCGAUGCAGCCAGUUGUCAUGGGGGUCCGCACUUCUCUGGAUCGUGACAGACAUUGCAGGUUGCAUGCCUCUUCUUUUAUCAUGGAUAUACCACAGGUUUCCGUGCUUUAG